UAUUAUCGUUCUCAUAUCUUUUUCCAUUAGAAACAGAAAACGAAACGAAAAAAUUAAAUUGAUAAAAAUACAAUUUUCUCUCUCAAAAAAUAAUCAAAUGAUUUCGUGUCUCUUUUUUGAGUGAACAAUAUAAAAAUUCUACUUUCAAAUAAAGUCUAGAACAUAAAUCCAAUGCAAUUCUAAAUCAAGAAAAGACCUAAAACCCGGCCUGAAAAAGACACGACGACGACGACGACGGAAUCGGACGAACACACGACACACAAAACAUCACAUUAAUCGGACGGAAGGAAGAAGAAAAAAUGGGUAUCAACGUAAGUCGGCACGAAGAUCUAAGCGAAAACGAGUAUCUCAAGAAAUUCGUCGGUCGCACGCAUAUUCCCACAGACGAUUUGAGUUUCUGGAAUGGCAUCCUCAACUACAACAUUGUUACUCCAACAAAUAGCCAGGAACAACUUAGUCUAGAUUCUCGCAUCGAAACAUUAUGUCAAGCUUUUUUGGCCCACAAUUUGAAGACGGGCAAUUUUGGUUCGUUGAUUUUGGUGUUUCUUGACAAAGUUACCGAAUUGUUGUCACUUUCAGACCAAGAGAGUACAAUGCACAUUUGGCAAACUUUCAAUGCCUUGUUUAUCAUCCGAUCAUUGGUAAAGUAUAUAAACGAGACUGGUACGGAAUUCCAGUUGCUUCAGCAUUUCGAAGCUGUUCCAACACAUGAUGCUCUCAGUUCGAGUGUUGGUGACGGUGAAGGAAGUGGUGGUGAAAACACUGCCGCCACCGCCACUGAUAGUACAUCAAUUGCUAUAGAGGCAAAGGAUGAAGGACAUGUCCAUCAGGGACAACAGCAAAAACCGAAUGCAAUGAUUGCCAUUGAUGGAUCAAAGUUCGAGACAUUCUUUGAUGCUAUUGUCAAUAUUAUUGUCGUCAUUCCAGUCAAGGAAUUCACAUACCAUCUCCAUUUGGAGGCUAUAAAUUUGAUUAUAACUCUACUUUCGGUGCAUCUGUUUUCUUCUCAGCCUGUCGAGAAGUCUGUUAUCUUCAGAACUAUUUACAAAUGUCAACACUCGAACGUGCUAAUGAGUGCCCUGCUUCACUUUGUGUCGCGCAUGGUCGAAGUGCCGAGUACAAUGUUUGGUGCUGGUCACUCUGGCUCCUUUGUCUAUGGCAUUGCUGAGUCUCUGAUGUCAAUAUUCACAUUUCGCAAACCCCAAGAUGCUCUUGCCCCGAAUUUGGCCGGCUCCGAGCUAUCACAACAAUUUCGAGAACAUUAUCCUUUGGCGAAUCAAAGUCUCCUCUUAAUUCUUAUCCUAACAAAUCAUUGCACCACAAAGGACAAUCCCUAUCGAACAAGUUUAUUUGGCUGUUCCGAUUCGAAGGACUCGCCCAAAGAUGGUGCAACAUUUAAAAUCGAUUUCACAGCCGUCUAUGACACCCUGUGUCGUAUUGUGACAAUAGAUCAAGCAACACUGCUGCUGUACUUAUUGCUGCAUAGAAACGAGAGGUUCUUUAGAUUUGUGAUGGUGCAAAAUGAUUUGGAGCAUUUGGUGGUGCCAAUUCUACAGACUCUGUACAAUGCGCCCGACAGUACGUCCCAUCAUAUUUAUAUGUCGCUAAUUGUGCUCUUAAUACUGAGCGAGGAUGAUGCAUUCAAUAAAAAUGUUCACACUAUUUUACUUAAGAACAUCGGUUGGUAUACAGAGCGAACGAUUUCUGAAAUUUCCUUAGGUGGCCUGCUCAUAUUGGUGGUUAUACGAACGAUUCAAUAUAAUAUGCUGAAAAUGCGGGACAAGUAUCUGCAUACGAAUUGCUUGGCGGCGCUGGCCAACAUGUCUGGACAAUUCCGUUCCUUGCACCCGUAUGUGGCUCAACGUUUAAUCAGUCUAUUUGAGACUCUUGCUCGAAAACACGCCCGUGUCGAUGCUCAGCUUAAGGAACCCGUCAACGGAUCAGUGGCGGUGAAUGUGGCCACAACACCCGAGGACAUGCUGGCGGAUCUUACCGUUUUGGAGGAAGUUCUUCGGAUGGUUCUUGAGAUUCUGAACUCCUGCCUGUCAAAUCAAUUGGUCUAUUGUCCGAAUUUGGUUUAUACGUUGCUCUAUAAGCGAAGUGUUUUCGAAGCUUUUCGCAGUCAUCAUGCCUUCCAGGAUAUUAUACAAAAUAUUGAUAUGGUCGUUGGGUUCUUCUCAUCUCGCCUUCAAAGAGUUCAAGAUCAACGCGGCGAACUUGGAGUGAGUGAAGUCUUCGAAGUGAUUUCGAAAGGUGCUAGUCAAUGGUCUAGCGAUCGCCUAAGGAAAUUCCCUGACCUUAAAUUCAAAUACGUCGAAGAAGACGCUCCAGAAGAAUUUUUCAUUCCUUACGUUUGGACCUUAGUGUGCAAAUAUGGAUGCGUGCACUUUAAUUCAGAGAGUAUCAAAGGAGUGACGACCGAUAUAAUUUGCUAAUAUUGACCAGACGUAAAAAUAAAUUGAACGAAAAAUCAAAAUAAAUAAAACAUUCUCUAAAAACAAAACGCAUGGAAUGAAUGAGUGAUAUUUGACUGACGUUUUAUUACAUUCAAACACGAAACACACUUGCAACAUGCAACAAAAACA